AUGUCAAUGCACACCUCCCUCCGCCGCACCGCGGCCACCAUAACCACCUCAACAACCUCCAUCCUCCCUUCACGACUUCCGCAAUCGAGCACAACCUUCGUCUGCUCGCAAUGCCGCCACGCAACACUGCUCCGCCGCCCCAAGCGCCCUUACACCUUCACACAACUCAUCACCCUCUCUGACGGCAGCACCUUCACGCACCGCACGACCUCACCGGCGCCCGUCUACCGCUCCACGCGCGACACGCGCAACUCCGUCCUCUGGAACCCCUCCAGCAGCAAGCUGAUGAACGUCGAAGAUGACGAGGCCGGUCGUCUCGCUGCUUUCCGUGCUAAGUUCGGUCGCAGCUACGAUGCUGCUUCGGCGCCUGCGGAUGAGACUUCGCCUGAUGAGAAGAAGGACGCGGAGGCGGAGGCUAAGGCCGCCCAGGCUGAGGAGGAUAAUCUGCUUGAUUUGAUCAGUUCGUUCGGAAAGAGGCAGCCUCCUCCCCCGCCUGAGAAGAAGACUCCCUAUAAGAAAUAG